CUGGCAACUGUACAACAAUCCCUCAAUUUGUUGCAAAAAGAUAAAGACUAUCUUAAUCGCCAGAACAUGGAGCUUAGUGUUCGCUGUGCACAUGAAGAAGACCGUCUUGAAAGACUACAGAUUCAGCUAGAGGAUGCCAAAAAAGCUAGGGAAGAAAUGUAUGAAAAAUAUGUUGCAUCCAGAGACCACUAUAAAGCAGAAUAUGAAAAGAGACUCCAUGAAGAGUUGGAACAAAUAAGGUUGAAAACAAAUCAAGAAAUUGAGCAACUAAGAAGCACCUCAAAAGAGAUGUAUGAACGUGAAAACAGAAAUUUGAGAGAAGCAAGAGAUAACGCUGUUGCUGAAAAAGAGAGAGCAGUUAUUGCUGAAAAGGAUUCUUUAAGAAAAUAUGAUCAGCUCUUAGAACAGUAUAGACAAAUGCAGCUUGGCACAGAAAGCAAAGUAGCUGAACUUCUUCACCAAAGUAAGUUGAAGUCCUUUGAAACUGAACAUGUUCAACUCAUGCAACAAGAAACAGCUAAGAACCUUUCACAGUGCCAAAUGGAAUGUGAAAAAUACCAGAGGAAGCUGGAGGUACUUACAAAGGAAUUUUAUAGUCUUCAGUCUUCUAGCGAAACCCGCAUUAUUGAGCUGCAAACACAGAAUUCUGAGUUUCAAGCAAGAUUAGAUACUUACGAAAAACUUGAAAAGGAGCUUGAUGAGAUAAUACUACAGACAGCAGAAAUGGAAGAUGAAGUUGAAGCUGAAAGGGUUCUUUUCUCAUAUGGAUACGGUGCUAAUGUUCCUACAACAGCCAAAAGACGACUAAAGCAAAGUGUUCACUUGGCAAGAAGAUUACUGCAGCUAGAAAAGCAAAACUCAUUGCUUGUAAAAGAUCUGGAACAUCAGAAGGAACAAGUAAUACAGAUUUCACAAGAGCUUGACAGAGCAAAUUCUUUGUUGAACCAAGCACAACAGCCAUACAAAUACCUCAUUGAAACUGUGCAACAGAGAGAUUCUCAAAUAAGUCUACAGAAAGAACAUAUUACGCAACUUGAAAAAGAUGUCAGUCUUUUAAAUAAAGAAAAGACAGCUUUGCUGCGUGUCAAGAAUCAAAUGGCAGCAGAUUUGGAGAGACUUCUAAAUGACCGUGAGGAACUAGCAACAAUGAAGCAGAUUAUUAUUACUCUACAUGGUAAACACUGUGAACAAAAUCUACCUCUGUCUCAUACUGGUGUAAAAAGUGCAGCUGGAAAAAAAUCAAGCCCUUUAAAACUGCUGUCAGAACAUGAAGAAGAAAAUAUAUUUACACCUAAGCCAACAUUAUUUACAAAUAAAGAGGCACCUGUAUGGUACAAGAAACUGCAGAAGAAAACAUCACCAUAGCAUUUUUCCAAAAUUAUUCAAAAUAAUCCUUUGGGAUGCUUUUCAUUAAAGAAAGUUAUUUUCAUAAUAAUGAUGCCCAUUUUACUGUAAAAGCAAGCAACUGUUUUGGUUUUAAUUAUUACUUUCUUAACUGUCAAAUAAUCUUAUGCUUCAUCAAAUAAUUUCUAGAUCUGUCAUGCAAAUAAAAUGUGUGAAAAUGAUGUAUGUAAUAAUUUUACUAACAUUUCUAUUAAUUUUAAAAGAUAAAUAAACACUAGUGUGUUGUACACUAUUAUAAUCUGGGCAGUUAAAAGGUGUUAUUCAGAGUGUUCAAAUUAAUGCUGCAUGUUUCAGUCUUUUUAAAUUGUUUUUCCUGUGUUUCAUACCACAUUCCUUGCAACUAUUUUGGCUAAUGGAAAUUUUCAAAAUAUACAUGCAUUAGUAUCAAAUUAUAUCAUACUUUCUGUGAAGGAAAUUUGUGUCAGCUAGAAAAAAAAUUCUUGCUGCCUUUGAUUUGUAGUUCAUCAUUGAUGUCAUUUGUAUAACCAAAUAGGCAUUAAAAAUACUUUAAAGAAGCAAUAAAAUACAUCUUAAUUAUCAGCACUGAUACUUAAUGGACUAGACAGUAGUGUUACAUCAGUGUAAUAACAAAAAUAGAACCAUGAUGGGAGAGGACUGUAAUGUGUAAUGAGGAAAUGGAUAACUUAACCAUAUUUAAUUGUAUGAAAAUAAGCCCCAAAAUCCAAGAACACAUUCUACUUUUUUAUUCCACUCCAUCACCUAUUCUGACUAUACAAAAGUUCUCUAGUUUUUCAAAGCAUUCUUGACUGCAUAUGGUACAUUUCUGUGUAUAACAUAAAUACAGAUAUUUAAGUAUUGCAUACUGAAAAUAUUGCUCAGAUUUCAUUUAAGAGAAAGCUCCUUCUUCUUCCUUCUUCAAGGAACCUUUUUCCUUGACAAUAUAUCUUAAAUUGAUUAUUUUUUUCUAACCUGGACAUGAACAAUAAUUAUUUACUGUAUAAUACUGAGCUGGAUGAAGCUUAUGAUUCCCAGAUACACUUUUCUUCUUUUUCCAAACAGUUGAAGCACAGUAAUACUUUCUCUGCUCCAGGAAAGCUUCAAUUUCCCUUUUUUUUUUCUUUUUCUUGUUCUGAGAGAGCAAGGUAAAAAUACUGGCAAUUACACAUCACAGGUUUAAAAUUACCAUUCUGUGAAGAAGGGGGGGCCAAGUGUGUAGACAGAGGUAAUAAUCUUUUAUUAGACUAACUGCUGUUCACUGCAGAAAAAAUCACACAAACUUUUGGGCUCACAAACCUUCAGUACAGUCAUUUCUGAAUAAUUUGUUUCCUGAAGUCUAGGUUUUAUCUAAUAUAUAUUUUUACAUGACUAGAAUCUUAAACUUUUAUUUCCUAUGAAACAGCUCCCACAUGCAGAUACUGAUUUUGUAGAUUGUAAUAGAUACUUUAUAUGAUUCAGUCCCUAGCUGAACUUCCCAUACUAGUUUGUCUGUUAUCAAUUAAUAAGUAAUAAAUUGUAUUAUCUAGAAGGACUGUGAGCCAUUUUAGACAAGAUACUAGUUGCAAUCUUGAUUUGUUUUCCUAUGGUAUCUUUAUAGACAAAUUGUUGAGAUAUGGACUGUAAGGUGGGUGACACACCCCCUGAACAAAACAUGAUCAACAGUGCCACAUCCUGCUGGAAUAGUUUCAUCCCUUGGCAAGUUCACAGGCAAUACCAGAUAUGAGGGAGUGGUCUAUACACUGGAAGGAAAGGUCUCAGAGGACCUCAUCAGACUGGAAAUUGGGUCAACAAGAGCUCUAUGAAGUUCAGCAAAAGCAAUUGCAGCCCCACAUCCAGGAUGUAAUAACCCCAUAUGCAAAUACUGCUGCAAAGCAGCUUGACAGGAACAGAGCUUAAGGUCCCAGAGGACAACAAAUGGAAUAUGAGUCAGUACUGUGCCAGCCAGCCACAUCUUGGGUGGUUAUUACCAACAGGAUAGCUAGCAGAUGCAGGGAAGUGAUCCUUCCCUUCUGUUGAGCACAUGGGAGGUCACAUCUGGAGUCUUGCAUCCAGUUUUGGACUUGUUCAAGAAAGGCAUUGACAUAUUGCAGUCAGUCCAGCAGAGGUGCACCAAGAUGGUCAGCAGCUGAAGCACCUGAUGUAGAAGGGGAGGUGGAAAGAACUUGACUUGUACAGCAUUAAUGUUAGAGGACUUACAGGAGAAACUUGUAGUCUCCAACUACCAAAUGGGAUGGUAGAGAGUCAACAGAGCCAGACUCUGAGCUCAGAGGUGCACAGCAAUAGUGCAAGAGACAAUGGACACCAGAUGGAGCACUAGAAAACUCAAUUAGCUAUUAUGAAAAAUGUUUUUACUGUAAGGAUGGUCAAAUACUGGAACAGGUUGCCUAGAGAGGCGGUAGAAUCUUUGUCCUUGGAGAUGUUUGGAACAGAACUCCUGAGAAAAUUGGAGGUCUAAUUGGACCUGACUUUGAAAUGGACUAGAUGACUGAUUUUCAGAAUUCCAAUUAAGUUACUCCAUGCUGUUAUUCCUAAAUAAUCUGAUAUCAGAUAGUGACAUUAAUUUACUUUGUACCAUCCGAAGACAAAAUCCUGUUUAAUUCUUCCAUGGAAAUGCAAGACACAGGAACAUUUUUACUCUUAGAUAAUAACUGUGCUUUGUAAAUUUCUGUGUCCCCCGGGCAGCCUAGUUUUCUAAGAAGGCUGACAGAAAAUUAGGCUGAUUUUGUGGUGAAAUUUUACUGAUAUUUAAACAGUUCUUCAGAUGACAAAGUGACUUAUUCUGUGAAAGGGUUGUAGUUUUUAGGGUUUUUUUGUAAUUAUUAACAAGGUUCAUCUUUAAAUGUGCAAUAAUAAGAGUAAUUUAUUAGAAUAUACUGAUAGCACACAAUGCUCAUGGUAAAUUCUUGUAAUACAUGUGGUCCUUAUGUAAAUCUCAAUACGCUGGGAUUUUUUUUAGUUGAAGAUUGUAUUUUUCCUGUGAUUAUUCACUAGACUGCAGGGCAAUAAUUAAUUAUCUACGAGGAGACUUUCUGAGCUUCUCAUGAGAAAGCUAGAAUGUCACUUAAAUACAACUAUUCAAAUGUGAGAUGCCCUACAGCAAAAUUUAAUGAAGCUUUUUGCUCUUCAUGUAAUGAAAAAGCUCAGUUGCAGUACCUGUACAGCACUUUUACUGAUGUUCUUUCCCACAAACAUAGUUGUCAAAUGAAUUAUUCUAAAAUUA